AUGACCAUGAACGAGCAGCGGCUCCGCCAGCUCAGCGAGCUGAAGAAGGGAGCCCAGGACAGGAUCAGGCGGCUCGAGGAGCAAAAGGAGAGGUUCGAGACGAUGGAGAGCCUGGUCGCGAGCGUGCCGCCGUCGGACCAGACGGCCCUGUCGCAAAGCGCCCGCAAAUCGGCCAUCUCGAGGGACGAGAGGAGAGAGCCCGAGUCUAUCACGGACUCGGUCAGGGAAAAUAGGAAAACUAUCGAGGUCCUGGGGCGGGCUAUCGCUAAGAGUAAGAAGGAGAUCGCCGAGUGGGAGGAGGAGGCGCGGCGGAUGCAGAGGGAGGAGGCGUGGGGAAAGGAGGAGGAGAAGAAGGCUGAAGACGCCCCACGUCGCCCCAGCCCCGAAAGGAAGUGA